ACUCCAGCAGCAACCACCUCCGUCCUCCAUCUGACCUCCUCCUCCGUUCUCACUAUCCAUACGAUAGUUACCUCUUUGUCUUUCCUCACUUUAUCAGGCAACUUUCCAUAAUCCCUCGCCUCCUCUGCCUUCGUCAUCAAGGUACCCACGUACUUAGCUGCUUGCAGACACCGGUUGAGCGGCAUUGGUCCGACCUCCCAGGCAGCGUGCACUGUGCCGUCACCAAGAGCCAAUCCCCUCCAAUCGUACCAUUUCCACGCCUUGCAUCGCCUCUAACUCUCAACUGCACGGUUGUUAACCACACGCCUGAACCAAUGCCGACCUGUACAUAGCCAUUCUGCUGGUUUGCAUAAAGGAAUUUCCCUUUGCUAUUUUGCAGAAGGUUUCCGGCUUGCAUCUCCGCUCCUCUUCCGUCCCGUUCCUGCACCGAUCCGAUAGCUCUCCCGGUGCUUGAACCAUGAUAUCUUUACUCGAUCUCGAGGGCCCGGUGGCUCUCCAUGCCGCCCCCGACUCGUUGCCGGAGAGGAAAGGGAAAUCGGCGCAGAUCAUGCAGUUGGACAUGAGCAAGAGCGUGGUCGACGAGCUGUUGGAUUGUAUACGGAGUGGAAAGGCACCACAGGUUUUGUUUGGAAGAACUCCGACCCUGAAACUCGAUGGGAAGAAGUAUACGCUCGACGCCACCAAAGAACGAUUCCGACAUGAAGUCUACGAGACCACUGAAGAACAUGCGGGCAAGUGGGAGUAUCGCGGUGUGCUUAGCCAUGGACUGGCUGUGCACGAGUCAGACGAUUCACACUCUGGGGUAGAUACGGCAUUGGAGGCUCUGAAGCAGAAUAUGGCGGACUAUGAAAGGGAUAGAGCUGCGAAAGCAACAACUCUUGCAGAACUUCCACUCAAAAGCAAAGCUUAUUCUCGUUCACGCAACGGUCUGCUGAAAGCUCCUUCAAAUCGUUCGAUUCCACCGAGUCCUUCCCUCCUCGGACAAUCUCCCUCCCACCUUACCGCACCCACCUCCGCACCGAAACAAGACACAAAGCAGCAAGCAAUCAUGAACUCCUAUCGAGAACCGAUGAUGCACUGCCUGGCAAUCAAGGCAUUGACGCUGAAGGACCUGAUGAGAAAGCUGGCAAUCAACACGGAACCGGGGCAACAAAAGCUGGUUCAAAAAGUACUGGAGCCACUUGCCCAGUACAAUGAGCAAAACAAAACUUAUCGCCUGAAAGACAAAUACCACAAGGAGCUCAAGCCGUGGUCAUUCGGCUACGACGACGUUGACCGUCAGACCGUGAUCAACAACGCCGUUAACGCUUUCGACCGAAUGCGGAUCACCAAGACCGACGCCUUAUGGCAGAAACUCCUGCCGAAGGAGGAACGCGGUAAGGGCAAGACUCUAUCCAAGCUGGACUUCUCCGGAGCUCCGGUCCUGAAACAGCCUCCCGCUGCCAAGGGGACCGUAGCCCUAGACAAGAAGACCGGGCUUCCAAAGAAGGCGGCUCCAAAGAAAGCGGAGAAGGAUGAGAAGAGCAGGACCCCGCGCGAGAAAGGGGACGAUUCGUCGACAGACGUCCCCAAGAAGAAGAAAGAACCCAAGGCUGUGACGGGGAGCAGCACACCUUCGGUGAAGGCGAGUAAAAAUGCAGCCAAGGCCUCCACCUCAUCCAACUCCCACCGAGCGGUGCUUGGAACCGUGUCUAAACCCAAGACCUCCUCACCGCUCUCCUCCCCACCCAUGAACAACUCAGAUAUAGAAGCAGGCUCUAACUCCGCAAAGUCUUCCACCAAGCGCAAAGCAGAAAGCACCUCCGAGCGCCUCCAACCAUCCACCAAGAAAUCCAAACUAGAUGUCGCCUCCACCACCUCCCCCACCAAGAAGAUCCCCGCCUCCUCAUCCACUACCCCCGUCUCCCUCAAACGCAAAGCCGAUCCCACCCCUGACGCCCCCUUCCUCAAAUCCCGCAAACUCAACGGCGUCCACGCCCCCUCCCGCCCGCACUCCUCAUCCACAAGCUCCUCCGACGCGCCCCUCCGCCAAAUCCGCCCCGCAGCCACCGCCACCUCCCUCAAAUCCACACCCGGCGUCUCCAGCAACUCGUCCAGCUCGGGUGAGGACGCCGUCCCCCUCUCUUCCCGACAAACGCUCGAACUCGCGCAGAAAUUCAAGGCGUACCACGCGAAGUACGCGAAGCUGUACCACGAGUUGGCGGGGCGGGCGACAGCGCCGAAGGCAGAGGAGCGGCAGCAGUUGGAGAAGAUGCAUAAGCAUUUGGAGGCGAUGAAGACGGAGAUUUGGGCGGGGAAGUUGAGGGGUUAGGGAUGGAUGGAGGAGGGCGGAGGCUUGAGGGAAAUGACAUUGUAGGGGUUUGGUUGUGGGAAGGUUGGGAAUGGAUGGCCCGGAAGGGCGAUGGCAUGUCACGGGGAGAAAAUGGCAUAUAUGAUACCUUAUUGCG